AAAGCUCCUACCUUCUCAGGUUAGUCCGUUGCUGGAACGUUAGAGCGUUAACAACUUUGUCAGUUUCUGUCGUUGUUUAGAAGUUUUUUUAAUAACCACCAAAAUGAGGGAAAUCGUUCACCUGCAGGCUGGCCAGUGUGGAAACCAGAUUGGAGCUAAGUUCUGGGAGGUGAUUAGUGACGAACAUGGCAUCGACCCGUCCGGGACUUACCAUGGAGACAGCGACCUGCAGCUGGAGCGAAUCAACGUGUAUUACAACGAGGCUACAGGUGGCAAGUAUGUCCCCCGUGCAGUUCUGGUGGACUUGGAGCCAGGAACAAUGGACUCUGUGAGGUCAGGUCCCUUUGGCCAAGUCUUCAGACCAGACAACUUUGUCUUUGGUCAGAGCGGAGCAGGUAAUAACUGGGCCAAAGGCCACUACACUGAAGGAGCUGAGCUGGUGGACUCUGUCCUGGAUGUGGUGAGAAAGGAGGCAGAGAGCUGCGACUGCCUCCAGGGCUUCCAGCUCACACACUCCCUGGGAGGGGGCACCGGCUCCGGUAUGGGCACGCUGCUCAUCAGCAAAAUCCGAGAGGAGUAUCCAGACCGCAUCAUGAACACCUUCAGCGUGGUGCCUUCUCCCAAGGUGUCAGACACAGUGGUGGAGCCAUACAAUGCCACCCUCUCCGUCCACCAGCUGGUCGAGAACACAGAUGAGACCUACUGCAUUGAUAAUGAGGCCUUGUAUGACAUCUGCUUCCGCACACUGAAACUCACCACGCCCACCUACGGCGACCUCAACCAUCUUGUCUCAGCCACCAUGAGUGGAGUGACCACCUGCCUGCGCUUCCCCGGCCAGCUUAAUGCCGAUUUGAGGAAGCUUGCCGUCAACAUGGUUCCUUUCCCCAGGCUGCACUUCUUCAUGCCAGGUUUUGCCCCCCUGACCAGCAGAGGCAGCCAGCAGUACAGGGCAUUGACAGUUCCUGAACUCACCCAGCAAAUGUUCGAUGCAAAGAACAUGAUGGCAGCCUGCGACCCACGCCACGGGCGCUACCUUACAGUCGCGGCCAUCUUCCGAGGCCGCAUGUCCAUGAAGGAGGUGGACGAGCAGAUGCUGAACGUCCAGAACAAGAACAGCAGCUACUUUGUGGAGUGGAUCCCCAACAACGUCAAAACAGCUGUCUGCGACAUCCCUCCCCGCGGCCUCAAGAUGGCCGCCACCUUUAUCGGCAACAGCACAGCCAUUCAGGAGCUGUUCAAACGCAUCUCAGAGCAGUUCACUGCCAUGUUCCGACGCAAAGCCUUCCUCCACUGGUACACAGGCGAGGGCAUGGAUGAGAUGGAGUUCACAGAGGCUGAGAGCAACAUGAACGACCUGGUGUCCGAGUACCAGCAAUACCAGGAUGCCACAGCUGAGGAAGAGGGCGAGUUUGAGGAGGAGGAGGGUGAAGAGGAACUGGCCUAGACACCUACCGUGACCCUUUUCUUACUAUGCAACAGUUAGGGCUGGUUCAUGUGGUUCAAUGCAUUGUAGAAUUAUCACAAAUUGGCUUAAAAUCAAUCAUUUGGACAAUUUCAAAGAAGUGUGCAGUAAUUCCACUGUAAGCUGUCAAAUGAAAUACUGAACUCUUGUCUAGCCUAAACAGGAGCAUGAAGGAUUUCUACAGCCUUGGUUUUUAAACAUUGUCUGUUCUAUUUUUUCACACAACUUUUUGCAGUUAACACGUCUGUUUGUUAUUCUUACUUUGGAUAUAAAUGUUCUCCUGUUUCCUCUCUGUUUGGAGAGCAUCACCUGAACAUCACUUUCCCCUGAGUGGCAACAUUCAAAACAUGUCAUCAUGAAUUCAUAUGGAAAUAAAUGGUCAACAUUAGUUAUGUGUGAGGAAAUACCAUUUAUCAUAUUUUAAAGUUCACAGACUACCGACUAUCUUGUAAGUCACGGAUCAACUUGGCUCUUGAUGUUUCCGGCACCUGUUGAUCUUGUUUGUCCCCUCAGUGGUGUUGUGAAAUAGGUAAAUGCUCACCCUCUGUUUAUUCUUUGUGUUUUUCAAGCUGCUGGUUUUAAAUGUAUUCGUGAUGAAGGAGAAUGUAAUGCUGACCAGUUCAAGGCACCACUGCUGAAUCUGACUAUUGCUCUGUUUAAUGUGGGUGUAAUUCUCAAAGCAGAAUGAAAUAAUCUCAUUUAGCAGAAAAAAACAAACACCUUGCACUGAAAGACUUGAAAGCUGUAAACCGUGUCAGGAACUUGUCACUGCUACAUUAUUCCUUGUGUGCUUCAACUGGAAUGUUUAUUGACAUACAAGUUAUAGAUGGGUUCAAAUAAAGACUAUGAAUUAGUGCUA